UAACAACCCCUCGCGAGCAACAAAACAGCAAACUGUUCGUUGAAUACCGUGUCAGUCGAUCGUUCCUCAUCAUCAGUCUAACGACAAUGAAACCCUUAUUGCUUGCCUGCUGGCUCGUUUGGCUAACCGCUGCGACAGCUAGCAGCGCUCUUGAAAUACCUCGUCGUCAGUACGAAUUGAAUUUGCCGUCGACAGGCGGCGAGGACAACGAUUUCGGUCGCUUCUGGGCUGCCCGACGCGGAGUACCUCUUGUUAGUCACCCGACUCGCACACAUCAUACGCAACACCAGCAUGGACACCUAGAUAACGCAGCGUUGGGUGCGGGGACGAGUGGAUUCGGAGCAGCAGCAGCACCACCAACACCAGAGCCGCAAACACCAAAUGGAACGUAUGCCCUAAAUGUUUGGCAGUUUGGCGCAAAAGGUGAUGGCAAAACAGAUGACACAGGGGCAUUUCAAAAAGCUCUUGACGAGUCCUACCGGCUAGGCAGCCUACUGGUCAUGGUACCGCCAGGUCAGUAUGUGAUACGCGGCAACAUCACAAUCCCGCAAGGCUCAACACUGCAAGGCACAUACUUUUCUGUGCCCGCACACAACUCUGGACAAGAUGCCACGCACGGCCAGCCUGAUGAGGGUUCCAUCAUUCUGGCCUAUGGUGGUCGUGGACUGACAACAAACAGUUGUAUGAUAGCGCUCAGUGAGCUAUCUGUGUUCCGUGGAUUUACCAUCUAUUAUCCGGAGCAAGUACCAGACAAGCCACCGGUACCCUACCCAUGGUCUGUAUGUUUGAAUGGCAUUAAUGCGGCGGUGACGGAUGUGGAGUGUUUGAACUGCUGGAAUGCUGUCCGGGCGGUGCAGGCUCACCGCCAUUACAUUGCCCGUAUCCAGGGGCAACCGAUAAAUAUGGGCAUCUUCGUGGACCAGACAUAUGACAUUGGGCGUAUUGAAGAUGUCCACUUCAAUCCCUGGUACAGCUCGCAUCCAGAGUACGUAGCGUGGCAGAUGUUGCACGGCCAGUCGUUCGUCUUUGCGCGCACCGAUUGGGAGUACGUCUUCAACACCUUCGCCUUUGCUUAUGCAGUCGGCUACAGGUUUAUCGAGAGCCCUACAGGAGCUUGCAAUGGCAACUUCCUUGGAAUAGGAGCAGACAUGGUGGCCAAUGCCUCAGUGCAGGUGGAUGCAGCGCAAGGCGAAGGGAUUCUGAUCACAAACGGUGAAUUCACGUCGUUCAUCAGCAAGAGCUGGGGCAAACAGUAUGCGGAGCCGACGCAGAUCCUUGUGUCGCCUUCCAACACGGGUGCUGUUCGCUUGAGCAACACAGCGUUCUGGGGUCCAUCCUACCAAGUUGCCAAAAUAUCUGGUUCUGGAACGGUGGGUUUCAUGGGCUGUACGCUUGUGGACUGGGAUGCUGCAAAGCUGCACCACCCCGCGAUUGAAGUCGUCGGCGGAACAGGAAAUUUGAUAGUGCAGGGUUGUGACUUUAUGAAGAAGACUAAAGACAGCAAACAUGUGUCACUGGGUUCUACUCUAGCGCGGGCUGUCAUCACUGGAAAUACAUUUGAGACGACAAUGAGCAUUGCCGGAUCGGCUCACAACAACCAGAUUGGCUUGAACGCUGACGACACGGCACACUCUUAUCCAUAAAUGACCUGACAGCAUACAAUCUAGUGCGACAUAGUUUAAUUUUUGUUUCGUUUGAAAGUCCAGACUUGUUUGCUCGGCCUUCUUACCGUUAUCAGCUGCCUAGUGACAGCACAUAAUUAUUUAAUUUUGGAUUUUAUUACUCUUCCAGAUAUUUUUACCUCAUCAUCAGUCCAAUGGCUCAUUUUAGUGACUAUCUGCAUCCUAUGGAUAGCCAGUAUUGGAACAAUAAUUUUACUACUACAA